CCAAACAAACCAGGAAACAAAAUCUGUUUUGGUUUCGGCUCUGAGGCGAGCUCACAGUCUGUGAGGGGCGGAUGAUAAGAUCAUUCUUCAAACGGUGGAUUUACUUCCCUCAAAGACACAACUCAAAGUGAAAGUAAGUCUGAGGAACUUUGUAGAAGGAAGUGGAGAAGCUUUGUAAGAAAAUGUCUCUGCAGUCUGAACAGGAUCUCCUUUGCUCCGUCUGUCAUGAAGUCUUCAGAGAUCCAGUCUUCCUGGCAUGCACCCACAGCUUCUGUAAAGCUUGUCUGCAGCGAUGGUGGCAAGAGAAACAAAUCCAGAACUGUCCGGUUUGUAAGGAAAUCUCCCUCCAGAGUGAUCCACCCUCUAACUUAGUCCUCAAGAACCUGUGUGAGGCCUUCUUACUGGAGAGGGAGCAGAGAGCCUCAGCCAAGUCUACGGCCAUCUGCAGUCAGCACUCCAAGAAGCUCCGCCUCUUCUGCCUGGAGCAUCAGGAGCCAGUGUGUGUCAUCUGUCGAGAUUCAAAAACACACAGCGACCACAAAUUCAGACCGAUCGAUGAAGCCGCACAUGAUCUCAGAGAGGAGCUGCAGAAGUCUCUGGAGCCCGUCCAAGAAAAACUGAAGACCUUUGAACAAGUCAAAGCAAACUGUGACCAAACAGCGGAGUACAUCCAAGUCCAGGCCAGAAACACAGCCAGUCAGAUUAAGGAGCACUUCAGGAAGCUUCACCAGUUUCUACAAGAGGAAGAGGAGGCCAGGACCUCUGCUCUGAGGCAGGAAGUGAGGCAGAAGAGUGAGAGGAUGCAGGGAAAGAUAGAAGCUCUGAGCAGAGAGAUAGCUGCUCUGUCAGACACAGUCAGAGCCACAGAGGAGGAACUCAGAGCCGACGACAUCUCCUUCCUGCAGAACUACAAGGCUGCAGUGCAGAGAGUCCAGCAGUGCCCCCUGCUGGACGAUCCAGAGCUGGUCUCAGGAGCUCUGGUAGAUGAGGCCAAACACCUGGGCAACCUGAGCUUCAACAUCUGGACCAAGAUGAAGGAGAGGAUCUCCUACACUCCUGUGAUUCUGGAUCCCAACUCUGCACAUCCAGACCUCUUCCUGUCUGACGAUCUGACCAGUGUGGGAUUCAAAGGGAGACAGAAGCUUCCAGAUAACCCAGAAAGGUUCGACUACUUCCCCAUCGUUGUUGGCUCCGAGGGCUUUCAUUCAGGGUCUCACAGCUGGGACGUCCAGGUUGGAGACAGCAGCGACUGGAAGAUUGGAGUGUUAACAGAAUCAGCACAAAGGAAGGGAGAGCCGCCCUCCGGGCUCUGGAGAGUAGGGCUCUUCAACGGGGAAUAUUCAGCACGCUCGCUGCCGGAGUUCUCCACGCUUCUGUUGUUGAGGAAGAAGCUCCAGAAAAUCCGAGUUCAUCUGGACUGGGAUAAAGGAAAGCUGUCCUUCUGUGAUCCUGAUUCAGACACCCAAAUUUACACUUUUACACACACUUUCACUGAGAGGCUGUUUCCAUACUUCAGCAAUCUGAAGGAAGCCUCACUGAAGGUCUUACCAGUGAAGCACCAGUAAACCCAGCAGGUAGACGGGUGCACCACAGAAACGACACGUUUAGGACACGACCAUUAGGGACUGAUUCCACAGUCAGAGCUGCUGGCCUGGCUAAUUAUCAUGACAAAAUAGUUUUCAUGAGUAUUUGAGAAGCAACAGUAGGUUACGGCUGACAGGGGAGAGGAAACCUGACACCCCACAUCCUGUUUCUAGUAUCUGUAGCAUGGACAUUUGUCACAUUCAUCUGAGGAAGCUCCCAUUACGACUUUUCAGAGGAAUGAUCUGUCUGUCACAUGCAUGACCAGCCAAUCAGGGCAACAAGACAAAAUGAGGUUGUGUGCAUGCGUAGACGGUCAGGAGACCAUCUUCUCUACUAAGACAAGCUUUCAGUGUUUACACUCUUAUUUUGAAAAGAAAUGUAGUCCAGUUCAGAUUGAACUUCCUGUUUCCUACAGCUACAUCUGAGCUAAUGGCUAACGCGGCAGCAGCCGCAGCAGCUCUUAUUUUAACCCUAUAAAUCCCAGUAUGUACUGGGAAAGCACAUUUUGCAUUACUGAAUAAACACAAAAGAUAAUGCUAUUGGAAAAAUUUAAACCGCUUCUAAAUCUGCCUUAAAAAAAUGCCUUUAAUGAAACAAUACCUUUAAUUAAAAACCACCUUAAAUUAAAACCUGCCUUUAAUUAAAAUCUAACUUUAAUUAAAA